CUGAAGACAGAGAGACAAUCUAGUGGUGUUUAUGUCAGAUUAAUAUUAUUUUUUAUCAUCUCACUAUAUACAUUAUCAAUGGAUUAUAGAUUAAAUGUGACUGUUAUAUCUUUCGGGGGGCAUGUGGAAGUACACAAGUUUAAAUAUCUUUAUUUUGUGAUCAUGUUGACGGUGUAUAUUUUAAUAAUUAGCAGUAAUGUUACUAUUGUGUGCAUCAUAAUGAUUCACAAAAACCUGCAUGAACCAAUGUACAUUUUUAUUGGAGCUGUAUUAAUCAACUCUGUUCUUUUCAGCACUGCUAUCUACCCAAAGCUUUUGAUUGACUUCUUGUCAGAAAAACAGAUCGUAUCUUAUCCAGCAUGUCUUCUCCAGUGGUUUUCAUAUUACUGGUUAAUUGCUUCAGAUUUCUUGCUCUUGUCCAUCAUGGCCUACGACAGAUAUGUGUCUAUUUGUAACCCUCUGAAAUAUCCAACCACCAUGCAAAAUACAAUUGUUAAUACUUUUCUUAUUUCCGCUUGGAUUGUGCCUGCUUGUUUGUUAUUAGUAGUAUUAUUACUAAGUGCUAAAAAAGAAAUCUGCAAGAUUCAUUUGAAAGGAAUACUUUGCAACAGCACAGUUCUAACACUUCACUGUGUGAGAUCAAGAAUACUGAAUAUAUAUGGGUUGUUUCUUUUUGUUAUUUUUGUAAUACUUCCUGUACUCUUCAUAAUUUUUACAUACUGCAGGAUACUUGUAGUAUCGUAUCGAUGUAGAGGAGUCAGGAGAAGAGCUGCGCAGACCUGUUUACCCCAUCUGCUGGUUCUAAUCAACUUUUCCUGUUUAACUGCAUAUGAUGUACUUCUUUCUCGACUGGAACUUAAUUCUUCAAAAGUUGUAAGUUUAAUAAUGGCUUUACAAGUUGUAAUAUAUCACCCUCUUUUUAAUCCAAUCAUUUAUGGACUGAAAAUGAGGAGAAUUUUUGAUCACCUUAAGAAGCUUUUCUGCAGAAUGGUGAGGUGUCUUUAGCUGUUGAGUUGAACCGAUAACCACAGUGUAAGCAUCCUUUUUCAGUUUGAUUUAGUUAUAGGUUUUAAUGUAACUGUUGU